AUGAAGUAUCGCGGCGUUGUUUAUGACGUCGGACUGAGGUUCGGAGACCAGGGAUUUUCCGUCGAACCCUUCGAUCCCAUCUUAGUAGAGUACGACAUGCGCGUUAUUGCCAACGACAUGCAUGCCAAUGCUGUACGGAUCGAAGGAGAGGAGAUCCAUCGACUGGAAUCUGCCGCACGGGCUGCUCACUCGAUGGGACUCACGGUGUUCUUUAACCCGUGGAAGAUGAACGAAGGCAUCGACGGGACGCGCGCCUAUUUUGAAAACGCCGCGGAGACCGCAGAGCGACUGCGGAACGAAGGUGUAGAGAUUAUUUUUGUUGCCAGCUGCGAGUACACGAUCUUCAGCAAAGGGGUUUUUCCUGGUGAAUCUUUCUAUGAACGUGCAAUGUGGCUCGGCGCUCAGUUCCCUGGUGGCCAAAUGACUAGAGAUGUUCCGCAGGUCUUACGCGAUAAGUGCGUGGAAUUAAACAAAGUCCUGCGGUCUUUCGUGAAGGUUAUUCGCGCCAAGUUUGGUGGGCUAUUGACAUAUUCGGCUGGCACCUGGGAACUGGUAGACUGGGACAUAUUCGACAUCGUCGGUAUCGACUACUAUCGCCGGGGGAGACUAAAGAGGAAUAUGUUGCUGGUAACGAGCGUCAUAGCUGCUGACCGCGGUGACGGCGGAUUCAUGCUUCUGAAGAGCACGAAUCCAGAUGGGAGCGGUGUUUUCGAAGGUGGCGUCGUCCCGACUCGGAGCGAGCGGGAGCAGGCCGAUUAUCUCGGCACACAGCUCAAUCUCCUUGCUGCUGCGGAAGUUCAUGCGGUCUUCGUCUAUGUGUUUUCAUUCCCGUGCAUGCGAACAGGGGAAGGGCCAAGGGACCUCGACAUGAUGUGUUUCUCGUUGGUUAAAUACUUACCGGAUGGGGACCCGAGGUCGAAUGCUAUGCCGCCCUGGACACCUAAGGAAUCUUUCCACCGGGUAGCCGACUUCUUUCUGUCCAUGUCGCAGCCACAGCUAUAG